UAAAAAAAAAAAAAAAACACACGCACACACACACGAAACCCAAAAGUGAUAAAAGCUUUUCUGCCUGUCAACAUUUACUCAACACAACAUAGUUAACGAUAGAUUAAUAUAAAAUCAAAUAAAUGGGAAAAAAGAAAAGAAAAUUAAAAAAUCAAAAAGAAAAAGGGCAAAAAGGGCCAAACCCCCACCUGUCUCCUCCAGCAAUAAAACCCCCUCACCUCGUGCCUCUUAUCUUCCCGCUUUUAGCUUUCUCAAAGAAUCCCAUUCCCUCCCUCCCUCUCUCUCUCUCUCUCACGCCUAAAGCGAAAUAAACAUGCAGCCUCCGACUUAUGGACCCGACCCGACAUCCCCCCACACUACAUUCGUCCAGGCCGACCCGUCCAACUUCCGGUCCAUCGUCCAGAAGCUCACCGGGGCCUCCGACGACCCCUCCGCCCCCAAGCUCCCCCUCACCCUCCCCUCCCGGGCCGUCCAGAGACACCCUACCUCCUCCUCCUCCUCCGCCGCCGCCGCCGCCGCCGCCCCUCCCUCCGCAGCCCCUGAAGUGGCCCCCCGGAAGCCGCCGGCCUUCAAGCUCCACGAGCGCCGCCACCGGAAGCUCGACCAGAUCCAGCUCGGCAACUCCAACAGCAGGAUGAUGACCUACCUCUCCUCCCCCUCUGCCUACUACUUCUCCACCGACAACGCGACCCCGGCGCACCGCCUGGCCCCCUCCCCGUCCUCCACCUCGCCCUCGAACUUCGGCGGGCGCCGGGGGUUCGGCGGCGGGGAGAUGACGGUGAUGGUGUCGCCGGUUUCGCCGCUGGAUCUCUUCGCCGCCAGGAUGAGCCCGCGGAGCUCCCCCUCGUCGUUGCUCUCCCCGUCUGAGCAAGAGGAGAAAGCCAUUGCCGAGAAAGGGUUCUACUUGCACCCGAGCCCCCUCAGCACUCCUCGUGGUGCCGAGCCCGAGCUCCUCCCUCUGUUCCCCCUCCACUCCCCCCGAGACAAUCCCGACCAGCGGUCUUGAUCCGCUACGAUAGCAAAGUAUUUUAUACAGCAGUGACACCAUGUUAUCAUGACUGGCAUGACCAACUCACUAACAAGAGAACAUCCAUCCCAUCCCGCAGGUGGUGGCGAACCGAGGAUUUUAGUGCGAUCAAUGAGAUUAAUUGACGGACCGGACCACUCCUAACAGAAUCGAGUAUAUAAAUAGCAAUGUGUUCGGAUUUGAUUGUUCUUUUGAGCGUAGGUUUCAGCUUUCAUUAUCGUCCAAUGUAUUGAGGAUUUCUUGGUAUCGGUUGAUUCGAUGGGUUUUGCGAGUUUGGAAAUUUGAUUGCUUUACGUAAUUAAUUAAUUAUGUUGUUCAUUUAUAUAUUUUAUUUAGUUCUGA